GCGUUUGAAGUGCCAAGCCAGAGGGAGAAGAACACCCACCCCUCCAAACACGCCGGAGAGCAUCUUCCCGGCGGGAAUUCCGAUAAGCCGGCGUCUCUAAAUCGCCCAAUUCAACUUGCGUUUGAGAACGCAUGCUUGUAUCUCGAUCUGACCUUCUCCGAUCAAGAAGACCUGUAAUUUCGAAGAAAAUCGAAAAACAGGGGCGUCGGUGGGAAUCGAGAAAAUGGGGUCGGAGCUGAUCUACAGAGGCCACGAAUCGCAACCGGCGGCCGAUGCGUACUCCCCGAAACCCCUGAAGCCGUGGUUCUCCGUGACUCACCCGAUUCGGUACCUGCUCCGAGAGCAGCGCCUCGUGUUCGUCCUAGUGGGCAUUGCCAUCGCGACACUGGCGUUCACCCUCCUCCCGUCCUCCCGCGGCCCCUACGGCCACGGGUACAAUCCGAUCUCCGACCCGUACUUCCCGACCGAAACGGCGACGGCGCUGGGCCACCGGCACCGGAGGCCGGCAUACGAGCACCGUGUGGCGUACGGGAUGGUGAAUCCUGGCGGGAAGGUGCCGCUGGGGCUGAAGCGGAAGGGGCUACGGAUCGUGGUGACGGGCGGGGCGGGGUUCGUGGGGAGCCACCUGGUCGACCGUCUCAUCGCUCGGGGAGACAGCGUCAUCGUCGUCGACAAUUUCUUCACCGGGAGGAAGGAGAACGUGAUGCACCACUUCGGGAACCCUAGAUUCGAGCUCAUCCGGCACGACGUCGUCGAGCCCCUCCUCCUCGAGGUCGAUCAGAUCUACCACCUUGCCUGUCCGGCAUCUCCCGUCCACUACAAGUUCAACCCCGUCAAGACUAUCAAGACCAAUGUGGUGGGGACCCUGAACAUGCUGGGGCUGGCGAAGCGGGUCGGUGCGCGGUUUUUGCUAACCAGCACCAGCGAGGUGUACGGUGAUCCUCUGCAACACCCCCAGGUGGAGACUUACUGGGGAAACGUCAAUCCCAUUGGUGUCCGAAGUUGCUAUGACGAGGGCAAACGGACAGCGGAAACAUUGACCAUGGACUAUCACAGAGGAGCUGGGGUUGAGGUGAGGAUUGCUAGGAUUUUCAACACCUACGGACCUCGUAUGUGCAUUGACGAUGGUCGUGUUGUAAGCAAUUUUGUAGCUCAGGCAUUGAGGAAGGAGCCAUUGACGGUGUAUGGGGAUGGGAAGCAGACCAGGAGUUUCCAAUACGUUUCUGAUCUGGUGGAAGGAUUGAUGCGCCUAAUGGAAGGAGAGCAUGUGGGUCCUUUCAAUCUUGGAAAUCCGGGUGAAUUUACCAUGCUAGAACUCGCUCAGGUGGUCCAGGAAACAAUAGACCCCAAUGCAAAGAUAGAGUUCAGACCCAACACAGAGGAUGACCCGCACAAGAGGAAACCUGAUAUCUCAAGGGCUAAAGAGUUGCUCGGAUGGGAGCCAAAGGUUGCACUUCGGAAGGGCCUCCCUCUUAUGGUUUCAGAUUUCCGGCAACGAGUCUUUGGUGACCACAAGGAAGAUGGUGGUUCCGCAGGCACAUCCUCAUCCUAGAUUGUCUUCACCCUCGUACUCCCUGUAGUUGCAGAGGGAAGAGAAAAUCAUUGGCUCGAGAACACAUCCCUCACAUAUUUGAAGAAACAGGGGGUGUAGCAAGGAAGCCUUCUUGCUGCGUCCUGAAAUAGUCCUGAGGUUUUUAUUUUUUGCAGUUUGUUUUUUAUCAUUAUGCUAUUUUCUUAGUAUCACCCUCUUUAAAAGAGAGAGCAAGCUUUGCAGUUCCCCCAUUUCUUGAUGCAGCAGCUAAUACCCCCGGUAACAGCAGCAGUAGUUUCUUCUGUUUUCCAGUUUCCUGUUUUUAGGUAUUAUCAGCUUGUUUAUACAGGGGAAUUUUUCCCCUUAUUCGAAGUUGGAAGUUGCAAUAGAUUGAAAUGAGUUCUUUCAAA